AUGUAUAUAUAUACAUGUGUGUAUGUUUAUAGGAACACUUCAGACAUUGAUAAAUACAGUGGUGUCUUCCUUUUUAAGAGGGAGCCGAGGCAGGAAAAUAGGAAGAAAUCGAAUAUGGGCUUCGAGAAACUAGGAAUUAGGAAUAUUUUUGCCAGGGUCGAGGAAAGGCCAACGCCGCCAAAGGUCUACAACUGGAGAAUUUACGCUACAGCUCUUCUGGCCGCUACAUCUUCUGUUCUAAUAGGGUAUGAUAGCGGGUUUAUUGGGGGCACGGUUGCUAACGAACAUUUUCUGACGAACUUCAACAUGGAACCCCAUACAACGAGAGCUCAAGAUAGCACAGCAAAUGUUAUUUCUUGUUUUCAUGCAGCUGCUUUUUUUGGAGCGUUGUUUGGGUACCCAAUGGCUCACUUUUUCGGCCGUAAAAUAUCGCUGAUAGUGUUCGCUGCAAUCGGCACUGUUGGCUCUUCUAUCAUGCUGAUCGCUGUAGGCGGCAAUAUAAUUCCCUUAUAUAUUGGACGUGUCAUGACCGGACUUACUGUUGGGGCGUCAACAAAUUUAACAGUCGUGUAUUUGAGCGAAGUUGCACCUAGUUCCAUUCGUGGUCAAAUAGUUGCACUUUUCGAAGUUGGCUGGAGAGUCGGUGACUUAGUGGGGUUCUGGAUCAAUUAUGGGGUUGUGGAGCAUGUGGCACCAGGAAAUCGUCAAUGGCUGAUACCAGUGGCGAUUCAAAUUAUACCGGCGGCAAUGUUUCUGCUAGCAUCUGUAGUGCUUGUUGAGUCACCACGUUGGUUGUUUCAAGUAGGGCGCGAGAACGAAGCACUGAAGAAUCUUUGUUGGUUAAGACAACUCUCAAUUGAUGACGAUUAUAUGGAUUGGGAAAUUAAUUCCAUUAAAGAAUCAAUUGCUCUGCAAAAUAGCACAAUAGGUAAUGGUAUACUUGAUCCUGCCAAAGAAGUUUUCAUCAAUAACACAAAAUACUUCAAAAGAUUGGGAAUAACAUUUUGCUUGUUUUUAUUUCAAAACUUUAUGGGUAUUCAAGCAUUAAAUUAUUAUAGUGUUACGUUGUUUCAGAGUCUUGGAGUUAGAGGUACAAACGCUUCCCUGUUUUCUUCUGGUUUAUUUGCAGUUUGCAAGUUUAUCUGCACGUUUAUUUACGUUUUCCUUAUUGUCGAUCAAUGUGGUAGACGGUAUGCAUUUUUGGUUUCCUCAACAUUCUGCAGUAUCUUCUUUUGGUACAUCGGUGCCUAUUUGAAAAUUGCAGAUCCCACACGACCAGGUGCAGAUGCAGGACAAGGGGGGAAAGCCGCGAUAGCAAUGAUGUAUCUGUGGACUGUUUCUUUUAUAUGUGCUUGGAGUGGCGGACCGUUUGUAUGGGCAGCUGAGGUGUACGAGCAGAAUAUUAGGGUUUUCACUCAGAGUUUAAAUGCAGCGGUCUCUUGGGUACCUAUUUUCAUUAUGACCAGGUUAACAACUAACAUGGUCAAUGCCAUGCACUACGGUAUAUUCUUUUUCUUUGCUUCAAUUGCCGCUCUUUCUGUACCAUUUGUAUUCUUCUUUGUCCCCGAAACUAAAGGGAUUCCUUUGGAAGAAAUCGAUAGAUUAUUCGAGAAAGGCAUUCCAGCAUACAGAGCGCAUAAUAUUGUCCACCAGUAUUUGAAAGAUUCUGUCGUUGAAGAGUCAGAUAAAGGAUCGACUGACUCCAAUUACGGUUUUGAAAUAUUCGAUGCAGCAACGAAACAAAAAAAUGAAGAGAUUUUCAUAGAGAACGCGGAAAACAGCAGCACAUUUGAGCACUAG